AUGGGAGUAUUUAAAACAACUACAAGAACAGCAGUGACAGAAUGGAUAGAACGCAUGACGUCAGAAAGAUAUAAGGAUGAUGAUUUCAAUGAUAUGUUUGAAUUAUGUGAGGUUAUCAAUAUACAAUCUACAGGACCUAAAGAAGCAAGUAAAGCGUUAAAACGUGCUUUAAAAUAUGGAAAUAUACAUUCACAAGUUCGAGCAAUAACAGUUUUAAAAUCUUUGACUGAAAAUUGUGGUGAUAAAUUCCUUGCUCAAAUUUCUACGCAUAAAUUUACCGAUAGGCUUAGAAGUAUGGCACUAUCUCCGUAUACUGAUUCUAAAGUUCAAAAAAAAUUGUUAUCAUUAUUUGCAGACUGGUCAACAGAAUUUAAAAAUAGAUCAGGAUAUGAUGCAUUAGCAAAUCUACAUAAUAGUGUAACUUAUAGGAGUAAUAUUAAUAAUAUUGGGCUUGCAAGUAAUACAAGAAGGGGACCUGUAUCAAAAUCAAAUGAUUCGUCAUCAUCCUUCAGUGCUAAUAAGGAAAAGAGUAAAAGUGAAUCAUCUGGUGGACCGCUUUUACAAUCAAAUGAUCAAGUGCAAGGAUCUUUAUCGAUAUAUUCAGAAUAUUGUAAAAACGAUAAUGAAGUAAAUAGUAUUACUUCUGGUGUCAAAAGUAUUAAAUUACAAAAUCAAAAAGAAAAUGAUGUAUAUCAAGCUGAAGGAAAUCUUAUCGAUUUCGAUUCAUUUCCUUCAAAUACAAAUUCAAGUUAUUCAAUCGAUAAUAAUAAUAACUCAGCAUAUGCAGACCCAUUUGCAGAUCCAUUUGCAGACCCAGAAACACCUUCCAAAUCACCUGAAUCUGAAACUGUUGUUAAUGGACCAAAAAGAAGAUUAGGAUGGUAA